AUCUCAGUGCUGGGAGCUGGGAACCAAAUGCAGGUCCUCUGGAAGAGCAGCAAGCUUCCCUAAUAGGCGAGCCAUUUCUCCAGCCCUGAGGUUUUUUCACUUUUGAUACUUUCCCCCCAGAUUCUCUAUGGCUGUAUUAGCACCUUCCCCCAUUUGGUUUCUCCCAUCUCUAUGGUUAUUUUCAUUCAGUGGUUGGGUCUUGAAAGAAAUCUUUUCAGAAAAAUGCUAUCAGGAAGAAAUCUGUUGCCACCUACAGCAGGCACAACAUUUACAACCUCCUGCUUUCUCUCAGAAUUAUUUUAAUUAUGUGUUUGUGUGUCUAAGUAUGUGCACGUGAGUGCAGGUGCCUGCGAAGGCCAGAAGAGGGAGCUGGGGCCACUGGAGCUGUACUUACAGGUGGUAGUGAGCCGCCAGACGUUGGCACUAAGAACUGAACUCGGAGGGCAGUGCUCACUCAGACGGUCUGAGCCAUCUCUAGCCUCUGCCUUGACUUUCUAAAAUGCCUUCUAGACCUCAGACCUUAUAUCACCCACUAACUCACUUUAUGGAAAGAAAAAGACAAAAGCUUUCUUAGUCAUUAAUUAAGUUUUGGAAGCCUUUUCUUCACAUCUUUCAAUGGCCCAGGAUCUCUUAUAUUAGAUUGUGCAGGUGUAUGUGUGUGGUAUGUUUGUAUGUGUGUGGUGUGUAUGCGUGAUGUGUAUGUGUGUGCUCUGUGUGUGUGUGGUGUUUGUGCUCUGUGUGUGUGGUAUGUGUGUGUGUGGUGUUGGUGCUCUGUGUGUGUGGUAUGUGUGUGUGUGUGCACACACACACUCAUGUAGGCAGGAGGUUAAUGUCAACUGUAUUCCUCUCUCACUCUCCACAUUAUGUUUGGGACAGGGUCUCUCUCACCAUGGAGCUCACGGCUUUGGCUAGACUGACCGGCCAGUGAACCCCUCUGAUCUGCUUGUCUUCCCCAUCCCCAUCGCUGGGGCUGUAGACGGCACCACUGCACGCAGUUUUUAUAUGCUCAGAUGUGACGUCAGGACCUCAUGCUUGUGUAGCAAGCAUUUUGUAACUGAAACAUCCUCUUCUCAGCCAUGCAUCAAAGCGGCAUUGCUGCAGACUUGCCCAGUCUACUCAGGGUUUUCAGCGGGGAAGUGUGCUCUUGUGAAAGAAUAUUUGCACAUAAACCUCAGGUGGAAAAGUAUUUGUUACAUAAGUGAUCUCAGUUUCUCAGAAGCCAGAUAGAGAGAUCAGGUUCCAGAACUAUCAAGAUUCCUCUCUUGUUGGGCGGUGGUGGAGUGAGGUCAGGUGCCUGCCUGACCUACAGAGAAAGCUCCAGGCUAGCCAGGGCUGUACAUUGCUGACUUUAAGCAUUGGAGAGGAGGCUCAGCUGUUAGAGCACUUGCUACUCUUGCAGAGGACCUGGGUUCAGAUCUAACCAGCCCGCACAGUGUAGUUCACAGCUGUCCCUGACUCUAGUUCCCGGAAAUCCAGCUACCUUUUCAGGCUUCCUUGGGCACCAGGCAUGCAUGUGCUGCACAUACACACAUGCAAGCAAAAAAAAAAAAUCAAUAAAAAGGCAGAGAAAAUAAAAAUAAUAAUCAUAUCUGUGUAAUAGCCCUGGCUGACCUGGGCUUUAUAGACUAGGUUGACCUUGAGACUCACAGAGACCCACCUGCCUCUGCCUCUGGAGUGCUGGAAUUAAAGGAGUGCACCACCAUGCCCAGCCUGGUGGCAGAUCCUUUCUUUAGUGCCUGUGUUUGCUAAGGUUUUGUCCUGGAAAGCCGCAGCAAGCACCUAAUGGCUAAAGGAUACAUCCGGGGGCCAGGACUCAUGCCAAUCUGAAGAAAGCACAAACAUGACCGUUAAUAUUUUCCCAUUAUUUUUGCUAUGCGGGAGGAAUGCCUGAAUGCAGUGCCGUGCAAACGGAGGCCAGAGGACAGCUUGUCUCUUCCAGUCUUUCCUCUCACCACAGGGGUUUCUGAGACGGAACUCAGGUGGUCAGGCUCGGUGGCAAGUCCUGUUAUCUUGCCAGGCCCCAAGACUGCAAUUUUGUGUUCAAUUAGGAACGUAGAAGGGUUUGUAGCUAUCUAUAGGUCUGUCUGCCCGUCUUUAUGGUCAUUUGUUGGCUAACUUGCCUUGUCUUUAUAAUUGUAAGUCGUGUUUUUGCACAAAGGACUUGAAGCAUGUCGAACUAAGAAUCAUCUGAUAAGAGAGACACCCUUUGAAAGGCAAUUAUGAGGUAAAAAAUCAGACCCAGGGAAAACAAGAGGCAAGUUGGAAGCCCAGGAGGAGGGAACAUAGCAGAUACACACGUAAGAGCUGCUGGAUGCUAACUGCACCUCCGAGUCUGGCAAGCAGAGGCCAAAGAAUAGCUGCUACAGUGGCCCACUGAGGACAUACUUCUCCUAACCACAGCCCUUUUAGACCCAUAGCACAGCAUUUGUUGUCUUCCUGCUGCUCUGGUUUGUGCCUCUUCUUCCUGAUGGUGGCAUUUUCUUUCAGGGACAAUGAUUCACUCCUCCCGGGAUGUUGGGCCUCACGGCAUCCAUGAAGAAGGAAAGCUCUAUGUUGUGGAUUCCAUAAAUGACUUGAACAAACUCAAUCUCUGUCCGACAGAAUCGCAACAUCUAUUCUCGUUAGAGGAGAAAAUCUCAAACACUGCUACGCACCCAGGAAGUGGAAGACGUGGUCUGUUCUUUGUGGGACUGCUCCUGAUGUUGACGGUCAGCCUAGCUCUGGUGUUCUUUGCCAUCUUCCUAAUAAUUCAGACAGGAAACCAGAUGGAGGACGUGUCAAGAAGACUGAUGGCUGAGGGAAGGGACAUAGACGACCUUAAGAGAAUCAACAGCAUGAUCGUAAAGCGGCUCAACCAACUGGACUCGGAACGGAAUUGAAAUGAUUUCCCCUUGAGUGACCACGGAUAGCAGGAGCUUCUCAGCUUCCCCGGAAGUACAUAGGACUGAGAAAGUGCGCUUCUUCAGGUGGUGGAUCCGGCAGAUCCGCUCUGACACCCGCCAGUUCAAGGAUGAAGAUCGCUACGAGUUUAGAGGCGGCAGCCGGAGAAAGAGGAGAACUAGAUUCAGGCUGAUAUCCUGCUAACCGGUUGCUUCAGCUUUGGUGGGGUUAGGGUGGUGGGUGGGUAGCGUGGAGAGGAAUCAAGAGCGAGAGAACUCAGCCCUUUACGUGCAACUGCCUAAAAUGAGCGUGUUUGAGAAGACUUCCAGCGUCCUAGUGAGGUCUAUGAUGCCUCAGGCCCAUGUAUAGAUUCCUGCUUACACCUAAGGCCUCCGCAAAACUGCCCAUGCUGCGGUGAACCAGGCGGUCACUUUUUUCAGUAGCACACAGUCUUCUGUGGGGUGACACCCUUCCACUACAGCUUUCUAGCGCUGUUGUCUGCUGCUCCCAGGGAAAACAUGGGUAGCAGCGGUGUGUGUGCUGAAGUCGAGGGACAAAAGAGAAAGCCUACUACGGUCCACGACUGUCUCCUGAGCUCUCUUUGUGAUAACCAUCUGGUUCUAGAGACUCUCCCAUGCAUCCGUGGGAAAAGACAAUAAUGUCUAUUUAUGCAUGAUUUAUAAACUCUGUUAAGCUUUGUCAUGGAAAAAAAACUGGUAUCUUGCUGAUGACUUGGAAGAAACUGGCUAGGUGUGUGUGGUCUUUGCCAAAUUAGAGUAGAACAUUGUGUAUUUGGGAACAUUCUUGUUUUAGCAUGUAAGAAUAAAGUAUGCUUGAGCCAGGCGGUGGUGAUGGUGGCGCUUGCCUUUAAUCAGCAUGGUAUACUUCAUUGUGUCUGUUCUAAUUGGUAAUUUUUUUGCUUCCCCAAAAGAGUUCAGAUCCACUAGCAUUUCAGUGAGCUAUUGAUAGCCAUUAAGUCCUGAGCGCCCUAACCACUCUCUGUGGUACUGGCUGGGUGCUCUGCACAAAAGCA